GAGCAUAAAAAACCACGCAAGCUCUUGACAAUCCUACAGCGCAUUCGUCAUGACGAGAAACAAUCCCGUCAGAAAUCCUUGAUUAUCUUGUUCUUUGCCAGGAUCAAGACUCUACUGUACAUGCAUACAUUUUUGACCAAAGAACGAGUUGCCUGCCUCACAUUGCACAGUCAACUGAAGCAACACGAACGCGAACAAGCCGUGCGUGCCUUUCAAAGUGGUCAGACUUCGUUGUUGUUGGCCACGGAUAUUGCUGCGCGUGGCAUUCAUGUGGCAAACGUGUCGUUUGUGAUUAACUACGAUUUUCCCGGAAAUUUAGAGCAGUAUAUUCAUCGGUGUGGACGUGCGGGACGCAACGGCCAGGGAGGCACCGUUUACAGCUUCUUCACCCGCAAUCUAGCGCCAUUGGCGGCUGACGCGGUUGCUCUAUUGGAGUCAAGCCAACAGUGGAUAGAUCCCAAUUUAAGAGCCCUGGCGGAGAAGACG